AUGCCGAAUCGCUGGCACCGAAGCAACCGCCCGCAGAAGGCCAUCAAGACGCCCGACCGCCUGGGGGACUACUUGGUGGCGCUGCGCAAUGACUUCGUGCUCAAGAACUCCGUCUGCCGUCGGGGCCUGAACCUCAACGGCCAACUGAGCGCCUACGAGUCCGAGACGCGGGUGCUGCUCAAGCUGGCGGUGACCGGGCGCGUCGUGAACACCCUGCUGCGCUUCGGCCGCGUGGUGGAGUCGUACAUGGAGGUCAUGGGGCUUGAGAAGACGCCGGAGGUCACGCAGUGGCGAGAGCAGCUGAGCUCCGAGCGCCAGGAGCGCGUGCACCGGUUCCAGCAUAUUCUCAGCGACGAGCAGCGCCUGCUCGAGGCCAUGGGCGACGAGAUGCAGCAGAUGGAGCUGCUGACGCUGCUGAAACACGAUCUGGUGACGUACCACCACAUCCUGACCCCCGACGAGCUGGACGUCAUGUCGGACGUGUACAAUGAGGUCGUGCGCCACUCGGGGAUCGUGCUGGUGGCGGAGCCUCCCAGCUGGUUCUUG